UAUAACUAAUAGGUACUUAUUGCAGCGUAAAUAAAAGUAGUUUCUCUAUCAGCUUCUUAAGAAACGUUUGUCUGUGAUCUUGUGUGUGAGAGAACCUAUAUACCUGGCUAAUAAAUAUUGUUAUAAGUUCUUUAGAAAGAUACGUUGGUAAUGCGCAAAAACAUCAAUAACUCGAGAGAUCGUAAGGAGAAUGCAUUGUUUCUAUUAAAACUAUAAAUUAAGCUCUAUAAUUUAAUGGAUUUAAAAGCAAUAAGUUUAUGUUUAUAUAUAACACGUAAAUAACUCAUCGGGUUAGUCUUCCGCUGCUCGACUAGCUAACUAUUCCGGAUGAUUGAGGACUUAAUUACCAUUUAUUGGUGUGGACGUUCGGCACAUUAAGGCAGUGCUACAGACACGCAGUACGUUCCAGGCGAGAGUCCGGAAUCAAUCACACUCAAACAUCCUCUCUUCCAUUGAGGUCAUGUGAAGAUCUCGGAAGUACAGUGGGUCUGUGAAAAACCUCCUUAUACCGUACAUAUACCCAUUUGAAAUACUGGUGUAUGUGCAAUUAGAACCAUGAGUGGAACAAAAUAUUUAUGGAAUUGCUGUUUAUACAAGAUUAUUUUUAUUUAUUGGAGUAUGAAUUUAUUAUGCCCGAUACGGGCUUUACCGAAUAAACCGAAUACAACUGAAUCAAAUGUGCUAGAAACACAAAAUGGCACGAAUAUCGAGCUAUUUCACUGGGAGGAUUACAGUGUACUUGCAGCAAUGCUUUUUAUAUCGUGCGCCAUAGGAGUAUUUUAUGGUUAUUUUGGAGAGAAACAGAUGACCGGCGACGACUUCCUUUUAGGUGGUUCCUCUAUGGGAACUUUUCCAAUGGCUUUAAGUUUAGCAGCUAGUUUUAUAACAGCAAUAGAAUUACUAGGAAAUCCAGCGGAGAUGUAUAUGGCCGGUGGCCAGUUUUGGAUGAUUUGUUUGGCAUUUGUGCUUGUGGUACCUGUUACGAGUCAUCUAUACCUGCCAGUAUUCAUGAGACUACGACUGACUUCAUGUUACGAGUAUUUGGAAGUUCGCUUCUGCAAAUCAAUGCGUGUGUACGCGAGCUCUCUCUACAUGAUGCAAAUGAUACUGUAUACGGCUGUGGCAGUGUACGCACCAGCGCUCGCUCUAUCUGAUGUUACGGGCUUGAACACAUAUUUAGCGGUCUCCGUAGUCUACAUUGUGUGCAUUUUCUACGCUUCGCAAGGCGGCAUGAAGGCAGUGAUUAUGACGGAUUCAUUUCAAUCUGUGGUACUGCUCGGUUCACUCGCUGCAGUUCUAGCGCUGGGCGCUGAAAAAGUUGGCGGUUUGGACUCUGUUUGGGAUUAUGCAAGACGCACCGAAAGGCUACAUUUCUUUGACAUGAAUCCGGACCCAACAGUGCGGCAUUCGUUUUGGUCAGUAGUAGUAGGUGGAACAAUUUACUGGAUCAGCAUGUUCUGCGCCAACCAGGCGUCUGUGCAAAAGUAUCUCUCCGUAGAACGCGUGUCACAGGCCCGGAUUGCGCUGUGGGUGUCCGCUAUAGGGCUUGUAUCAGUAUAUUCAGUGAAUUUCGCCACUGGAGCUCUUCUCACCGCGCAUUACGCUGGAUGUGAUCCAAUACAGGCCGGCGUUAUAAACGCUUCAGAUCGUCUUCUUCCUCUAUAUGUCGUCGGACAGCUCGGUGAAUAUCGUGGAGUUCCUGGGUUUUUUGUUGCCGGCAUAUUCGCGGCUAGCCUUGGAACCGUGGCGUCGGCGUUAAAUUCUUUAGCAGCUGUUGCAUGUCAAGAUUUAGCAACAGGGCUUCUCGGUAUAACAUUGCCAGAAGAAAAAGGCGCAGCUAUUGCAAAAUGGGUGUGUCUAGGCUGCGGGGCACUAUCGUUCGCACUUGUAUUUGCGGUGGAGAAACUUGGACCAGUUCUACAACUCGCGCUAUCUUUCAACGGGAUGAUUGGUGGCGUAUCACUAGGACUUUUUAGUCUCGGAAUGCUUUUCCCCUGGGCUAACGCUAAGGGAGCUAUCGCAGGCGGCGUGUUAGGUUUGGUCAUCGUGGUGGUAGCGGGCGGUGGAGCUCAGUUCGCCCAAGUACCUCUGCCGCGUUUGCCAACCUCUAUCGACUCAUGUCCUGCAUCUUUAAAUAUUACAUCGCAUUUAAGUAUGGACCCAACACAAAACCACGACCAAGCUGUGUUUUGGUUGUUCCGAGUGUCUUACCUGUGGUACUCGAGUCUAGGGUGCCUCGCCACGCUGCUCAUCGGGCUGGUUGUCUCACUCAUCACCGGCAUCACCAACCCAGCCGAUGUUCCUAUCGACCUUAUUUCACCGCCUGUCGUUAGCUUCCUCAACUCAUUGCCAAUAAAAGUUAAGAAAGCGUUGAGAGUUCCAACGAGACUAGGCUCCGAACGGCGAAGGAGUUCAAGCGUCCGACCACCGAGUAUGGCUGACGACAAAGACACUAGGCGCAGAAGGCGACUCUCCGAGCUGGCGGGCGGCGUAUUCUACAGCGACGGAUCCGUGCUCACCCGCGGCCACGACAACCUUGCACUAGGCCUCGACUCUGAGAAACCGCCUCCGCAAGACUCCAAGCGUACAAGUUUCAAAAUCGAUCCCCAGCUGAACCCGAACACUCCUCAAACUUCUUCGUGUUGACUGCAGCAGUGGAUCUUUAUUAAGUAGAUUUUAGUAUUCGGGAAAAAGCGUAUGAAUGCUUCCAGACCAAGUACUACUAGUAAUGAGGCUUGGAAACCGGAAGAACUUUACCCUGGUUCCACAAUAAUUUAGAGUAAGGUUUCGGUUACUUUUACUUAAUUAGUUAAAUAGAAACCGUUAUAUUCGAUUUCCAUCGAUUUACAAAUAUUAACCGGUCCACAGAAGUGUCUUAACACACCUUAAAUGCUGAAUUGAAUUAACGACGGAUAAAUGUUAUUUUCCUAGCAGCAUAGUUUGUCACAGAAAGACCGUAGGUACUCGUAAGUAAAGUGACAGAUGAUUUAUGAACUUUCGUUUAAUAAUUAUAAUUUAUGACUUAAGUAAUUGUGUUAAUUUUAAUAUUCUUGUAUUACCUUACUAUGGUGGCGUCGUUACCCGUAUGUAGUAAGGCAUCCUUGAAGUGCCUUGUAAAUUAGUGUCCAUCGUACCGUUCCCAUAAGCAAAUCAGGUUUUCCUGGCGAUACAAGUCACAGGAAACAUCACAUAGGCUUAGCACCAUAUCGCCCGGUUAGCUCCAAUCUUGAAAUUUUGCAUAAGGUACUUAAGUAUGU